GCGCGGGCGCCGAGGGGCGCUGCAGAGCCGGCGUUGCUUUUCGCGGCGACCGCCGCCAUCGCCGCGCGUGCGGGGCGGGCGGGGACUCGCGGCUGCGGCUGGAGCGGGCUUCUCCAGGGGAGGCUCCCCUCCUGGCCCCGUCGCCCUCCCCCGCGCGCCGCCGCCGCCCGCCCCCUGCGCCCCCCAGCGCUGUCCUGUCCCCGAGAGCCCGAGGGCCGGGGCGGCGGGGGCGGGAGGCCGGCCGGCGGGCGCGUACUCUGAGGAAAGUCCUGUCAGAGCCGGGCGCGCCCCGGCCCGGCGGCGGCGGCGGCGGCGGCGGCAGGAAGGGGCUCUGCCGGCGGGCGGGGGCGGCGCCUCGGGGCGGGCCCGGCCGUCCCGGCGCUAAGUUGUGGGGCCCGGCCCCUCCCUCCUGAUUUCCUUCCCCGCGGCUCCGCGGACCUGGUCCCUCGGCGCGGAGCUGCCGCGCCCGCACUCCUGGGCGGAGAGAACGCGCCGGCCCGGCUCGAGAAAACUUUUCCUGCCGACCCGGUGCUCGCGACGGCGGUAGCAAGUCCGCGCGGCGACCCUGCCUGCGCCUGCCCCGCGCGCCCCGCCGGCGGCCGGCGCGGAGAUCCGCGGCCAGGGCGAGCGGGCCCCUUCCGGGCGUGAGGCGUCCCGCCCCGGGGAGGGCGGCGGGCCGGGCCGAGGGCCGAGGGCGCGUGGGGGCGCCGGAGACGAGGUGAGGAGCGCCGCCCGGACCCGCGCCCGCGGCGGAGAGGAGCGCCCGCAGGGCGAAAGCCCAGGAGCCGGGAGCCUCCGGCCGCCGCUUCCCGGAGUCCGCGCUCCGCCGGCUCCGAGCGGGGACCGUGCUUGGGCGCCGGGUCUAUCGAGGAAACAUGAAGUUGAGCCGGCAGUUCACCGUUUUCGGCAGCGCUAUCUUCUGCGUGGUGAUCUUCUCGCUCUACCUGAUGCUGGACCGGGGUCACUUGGACUACCCCAAGAGCCCGCGCCGCGAGGGCUCCUUCCCGCAGGGUCAGCUUUCAAUGUUGCAAGAAAAAAUAGACCAUUUGGAACGUUUGCUAGCUGAGAAUAAUGAAAUCAUCUCAAAUAUUAGAGACUCAGUCAUCAAUUUGAGUGUAUCUGUGGAGGAUGGUACGAAAAACUCAAAAGGCAAUUUCAGCCAUGGUGCUGGCUCUCGUCUUCUGCCAUUGGAACAUUUGCCCCUCGCAGUUGGCCCUGGAGACUGUCUGUUUGCUUCACAGAGUGGAAGUCAGAGCUCAGAUGUACAGAUGUUGGAUGUUUACAGUCUAAUUCCUUUUGACAAUCCCGAUGGUGGAGUUUGGAAGCAAGGAUUUGACAUUACUUAUAAACCUGAUGAAUGGGACACUAAGCCCCUUCAAGUCUUUGUGGUGCCUCAUUCCCAUAAUGACCCAGGUUGGUUGAAGACCUUUGAUGACUACUUUAGAGAGAAGACUCAGUAUAUUUUUAAUAAUAUGGUUGUCAAGUUGAAAGAAGACCCACGGAGAAAAUUUAUAUGGUCUGAGAUCUCUUACCUUUCAAAGUGGUGGGAAGCUAUAGAUGUUCAGAAGAAGGAUGCUGUUAAAAGUUUGCUAGAAAAUGGUCAGUUUGAAAUUGUGACAGGUGGCUGGGUAAUGCCUGAUGAAGCUGGUGCACAUUAUUUUGCCAUAAUUGACCAACUAAUUGAAGGACAUCAGUGGCUGGAGAAGAAUCUAGAUCUGGGAUCUGUCACAGACAUUUUGUGCCAUAUGAUGCCCUUCUACAGCUACGACAUCCCCCACACUUGUGGACCUGAUCCUAAAAUAUGCUGCCAGUUUGAUUUUAAACGGCUUCCUGGAGGCAGAUACGGUUGUCCCUGGGGAGUCCCCCCAGAAACAAUAUAUCCUGGAAAUCUCCAGAACAGGGCCGAGAUGCUUCUGGACCAGUACCGAAAGAAGUCAAAGCUCUUCCGUACCACGGUGGUCCUGGCCCCGCUGGGAGACGAUUUUCGCUACACCGAACGCACCGAAUGGGAUCAUCAGUUCAAGAAUUACCAGCUGCUUUUUGAUUAUAUGAACUCUCAUUCUCAGUAUAAUGUUAAGAUACAGUUUGGGACUUUAUCAGAUUAUUUUGAUGCACUAGAAAAAGAAGCUUCAGCCAAUAGUAGGAAUAGCCAAUCAAUGUUCCCUGUUCUAAGUGGAGAUUUUUUCACUUAUGCUGACCGAGAUGAUCAUUACUGGAGUGGCUAUUUUACAUCCAGGCCCUUUUACAAACGAAUGGAUAGGAUAUUGGAAUCCCAUUUAAGGGCUGCUGAAAUUCUUUACUAUUUCGCCCUGAAACAAGCUAAGCAGUACAAGAUAAGUAAAUUUCUUUCAUCAUCCCAUUAUGUGAUGCUGACAGAAGCAAGACGAAAUUUGGGACUCUUUCAACAUCAUGAUGCUAUCACAGGAACUGCAAAAGAUUGGGUGGUUGUGGAUUAUGGUACCAGACUCUUUCAUUCACUGAUGAAUUUAAAGAAGAUAAUUGGACAUUCUGCACUGCUGCUUAUUUUGAAGGACAAACACUCAUACGACUCUUACUCUUCGGAUACCUUCCUAGAAAUGGAUUUGAAACAAAGAACGCAAAGUUCUCUGCCACAAAAAAAUGUAAUAAGUCUGAGUGCAGAGCCAAGGUAUCUCGUGGUCUAUAACCCUUCAGAACAAGCUCGAAGCUCUAUAGUCUCAGUCUGUGUGAGCUCAUCCGCAGCGCAAGUGUCCUCUGCUUCAGGAAAGCCUGUGGACAUCCAGAUGAGUGCAGUGUGGGACACAGCGACUACCGCCUCACAGACAGCCUACGAGAUAUCUUUUCUAGCAGAGAUGCCACCAUUGGGACUGAAAGUGUAUAAGAUUUUGGAAACAUCAAGUUCAAGUCCACAUUUAGCCAAAUAUGACCUAUAUAAUGGUAAUAUAGCAAAUGAAGGAAUUUUUAACAUGAAUAAUAUAAAAAGUGCUCAAGAAGCUAUAACUCUAGAGAACUCUUUUAUUAAGCUGCGCUUUGGUCCAUCUGGGCUUAUGGAGGAAAUGCUAAAUAAAGGAGAUGGUAAAAGUCUUGAAGUGAAAGUACAGUUUUCAUGGUAUGGAACCACAAGUAAAAAGGAUAAAAGUGGUGCCUACCUCUUCUUACCCGACGGGGAGGCCAAGCCUUAUGUUUACACAACACCACCCUUUGUCAGAGUGCAGCGUGGAAGGUUUUAUUCGGACGUGACUUGCUUUUUUGAACAUGUUACCCACAGAGUUCGACUGUACAACAUACAUGGAGUAGAAGGACAGUCUGUGGAGAUUUCCAAUAUUGUAGACAUCCGAAAAGAGCAUAACUAUGAGAUUGCAAUGAGAAUUUCUUCCAGCAUCAACAGCCAAAACAGAUUUUAUACUGACCUAAAUGGAUACCAGAUUCAACCUAGAGUGACAAUGAGCAAAUUGCCUCUUCAGGCGAACGUCUAUCCCAUGACUACAAUGGCGUACAUCCAGGAUGCCGAGCGCCGCUUGACUCUGCUCUCAGCUCAGUCUUUGGGUGUUUCGAGUCUGAAGAGUGGUCAGAUUGAAGUUAUCAUGGAUCGAAGACUCAUGCAAGAUGAUAAUCGUGGCCUUGAGCAAGGUGUCCAUGAUAACAAGAUUACAGCUAAUUUAUUUCGAAUACUCCUAGAAAAGAGAAGUGUCGUGAAUACGGAAGAAGACCAGAAGGCAGUCAGUUACCCUUCCCUCCUUAGCCACAUAACGUCUUCUUUCCUGAAUCACCCUGUCUUCCCAAUGACAGAAAAGGUCCCCGUGCCCACCCUUCAGCUGCUGGGUGGAUUCUCUCCCUUAAUGUCACCUUUGCCCUGUGACAUUCACCUGGUUAACCUGAGGACAGUGCAGUCGAAGGUGGAUGGCAAGCAUUCCAGCGAGGCCGCCUUGAUCCUCCACAGGAAGGGGUUUGACUGCCGCUUCUCUAGCAGAGACACCGGGCUGCUGUGUUCCACAACCCAGGGAAAGAUACAGGUCCAGAAGCUUUUCAGCACGUUCGCUGUUGUGAGUAUCACACCUUCCUCAUUGUCGCUGCUGCAUUCCCCGCCAGACACCCGAAACGUCAGUGAGAUCAACUUGAGGCCCAUGGAAAUCAGCACAUUCCGAAUCCACUUGAGGUGAACCUGGUUUCAGAUUUGGAUUGGAAAGCAUUGGCUUUUAUAUACUUCUUGGUUUUACGUGCAAUAAGAAGCACAUUAUUUUAGCUUCUGGCUACUGUGAGGACAUGAAUUCUGUGAUUCUUUUUCUUAAACCAGUACAGUAGGAGAGAAAAAAAGCCAUGCUACAAACUAGUGUUUUGCUUAAGUUCCUUCCAUGCACUACUAUCAUCAGUAUGAAUUGAUGCAACAAACGAAGAAAUGUCUAAAGACAGCCUCUCAACAGAUUGUAUCUCAGGUUAAAUGUUAACUAAUUAUAUCUAUGUUGGGGGUUGUAAAGAGAUUGUUCUCAGUGUUCAUGUUGCUGACCCUUUGUUAGUUUUACAAAAAUACCCAUUUUUACCAAAAUGGAAUAAAAAGCUGGUGGGUAAUAGCUAAUGGCCAAAAUGGUUGCAAUCAUUCAUACGUGUUAGAAGAACUUUAUGUGUUGAAAUAUGUGGAAAAGUGCAAUCCAUCAGUCCUGAUAAUAUAUAUCGUUGCUUUUACAUGUUUUUCUACCACUUGACCCCUCCCUUCCUACCCUUUGUAAGUAUUUCCAGAAAUACCAGAUUUUGAAUCAUUCAAUAGUAGACAAAGAGGCAUAUUUUCAUUACUUGACAAUGUGGGAUAGGUGCAAUUUAUUCCAUUGUCACUUAGCUGGGAGAAGCGAUUCCAUAGGUACCAUGACCUCUUCUGGGUACCACAAGGUGUCUUUUUACACAGCUCAUUUGAAUACAGAUGUUCUGAGAAGGGGUUUUCUAUUUUAAAAUGAUCAUAUCAGAAUAAAUGUGCCUUAUUUUUUAUAAGUCUUGUUAAAUCUUUUGGUGUCCAUAUUACUGUUGGGGGAAGAUGGGGAGUGGCUGGGGGAGCGGCGGGUACUUUCUAUGACACAUAAAUUAUUACUGUUGGGGGAAGAUGGGGAGUGGCUGGGGGAGCGGCGGGUACUUUCCAUGACGCAUAAAUUGUAUAACUUUUGCCUGACAAUGCUGGCCACGUGCUGAUCUGUCCAUUAAAUGUGUGCUGAUGUUACUCUAAACAUUUUGACUAUUUGAAUGUACUGAGAUGUCAGAAAACAAAACAAGGAAGAAAAAUAUUGUUAAUUAAAAUAUGCUGCUGCCAAGGAGACUGCAACUUGAAGCUAGGAUUUUGUAACAAGCAGAAUCCACAUACUGUUUUCAUUUCACAAGAGUUCACCAUUUUGAAGAGAGAAUGCUUUAAAAUAGGCCGUUUUGAAACCCACUUAUAUGUAACUCAUCGUAAUUUAUCGUAUUAGAGAAUAUGUUUGUUGAGUGAACUUCAGACGUUUGUACGUGCUAACCUCAAAGUGAAGUUCUCAACCCAUGUGCCAUUACAGUACUUUUGAUAAAAUUUAUUUGGGAUCAUUGUUAACUUGACAUUAAAAUAAAACCAACAGUUAGAGUAUUCCAUUUUAGCAUGGAAAGGAUUCUUGACUAUGUGCACUGCUGAAAAUUCUCUGUGUUAACUAGUAGGUUUAGUAUUAUCUGACUUUAAACUUCCAUUUUACCUCCUGCCAUUCCAACAUCUUCAUACAGAAAUAAAACAUCAGUUCUGUUUUAUCAUGUAGCCUAGUUAUCAUCUGUAUUUCCAGUCAAGAUGCAGCUCCUUAGAUUAUUGUUCCAUUAAGUUCACAAACUUCUUUCGCCUUUAAUCAUUAAGGAAAUAAUACUAGUGUUGAUGAAGAUAUUACAAGAGAGUAAUUUCUUGCAAUAAACAUGUACUGUAAGUUUCCUUCCUUGUUUUGGGGGGAUAAACAACUAAAACAAAAAACAAACUUACUUUCUGUGAACAUCUACAGACGUUAGGAUUGCCAGACACAAAUCCCAGGAAUAAGAUCAGUAUUUUCAUUGCAUCUUAAGUGUAAAACCUUCCUAUAGGAGUUCACUGUGUUCUGUGGUUCAAGUGGUUGUACCUAAUUGUUCUGGAAUCUCUGAUCAGUUGAAAUAAAAACUCUUGAUGCAAUAACAGCAGUCUUGCCACCCCUGGUUUCUGAGGUGGGUCUGUCCUGUGCUCCGUCGGGGUCUUACUCAGUGUGUGUGGUCACCAGCUGCUCACAGGUAAAGCAGAAAUUCUCUUUCACCAGCAAGUUUCUGCUUUUUAUUUUUAGAAUAAAUCAUCAGGGAAAUGAAGAGAGGAUGCUUUUGCUUUGGGUUGUGGUCAAGAACUGAUUAAAUAAUUUAGUGUCCCUGGCACACGCUACAAACCGUGCACUUCAGUUGUGAUCUCAGUGGCGUAUUUGUUUGCUUAGGUUUUAUUACAUUCAGUAUCGCAGAUGUUCAGUUGACCAAGUAGUUCAUGACUUUCUCUCUGUCUUUUUUAAAAUUUAAUUUGGGGUUAUAACUGCAGUGUUUGAGAACUUAGCAUCCUUGUUUUCUGCAAAUACUGAUUAAAACAAAAUGCUGUAAAACGUGUUGUAAAACAUUGUAAUUACCUUCCCAUGUCUUUGUUGUAUUUGUGCUGAAAUGUUUCCACAUUCCUUUGUCGGGAAGAAAAUCUUUGUUUUCAUUUUGAUUAUGUUGCUUUCCUUGAAAUCAAUAGGUUUUGAUAUUUUCUCUUGGAAGAUUUUAUAUCUUUUUGGGAAUAUGUAAUAUAAGAUAUCUAAUAAAAGAUAAAUCUUACCA